UUCCCGUUGUUGUCCGAAACGAGCUCCUCGACGCCAGCGGCAGUGUCGAACGCUUUAACUACCGGCGAGCACGAUGAUCCGUGCACUACCUGUCUCCAGGUCGGGGAGAGGGACAGUGCGGGCUACACGUCGCUAUGCCACUGAAGCUCCCGCCCAGGCACCGAAGAAAAAGAAAAGGAUAUUUCGUCGAUUCGUAUUCUACACUACCGUGGCAACAACUACGUUCUAUGUCGGAAGCGCGUUUGUCGCGUACCAUUAUCAGCCAUACCGUGAUGUAUUCGUCCAACAGGUCCCUCUUGGUGCCGCGGUCGUACAGUACGGAGAGGACCACGACUGGGACACAUUGACGCUCAAGCAAGUCCUUGACGCAGCGAGGAGCACCGUAACAUACAUCACAGGACUCAUCACUGGAGAGCGCGAUGGUGUUAGCACGCCGACGGCACUUGACAAGGCAAAAGAGGCCGUAGAUCGCACCAAGGACGUCGUCACGAACAAGGCACACGAGCUCGAGGAGGCGGCUGAGAAGAGGCUGCAGGAGUCGCGCGAGCGUAUCAAGGGCGUCGCAGACACGCUCAAGACGACCGUGCAGCGAAGCGAGGCGGCUGAGAAGAGCGCCAAGGCGGCCGCCAUCGCGAAGCAUCAGGGAAUCCAGUUCUCGGAGGGUGUCGAGGAGCUUGUGCUCAAAGCAGAGGAGGCACUUGCUGAAAAGCAGACGGAACACUUGCCCGAGACAACGACGACGCCUGCACAGCCGUCUGUGCCGCUGCCCGACGAGGCGGAGGAGGGCGCGCUCAAUGCAAAUGUGUACAACGUUCCUUUACCCAUCGGUUUCGAGCCUCCGCCCGGCUUCUCUCGGCCUGCACCACGCAAGGCUGCGCCUACCCCGGAGUCUGUCAAGGUCGAGUCGACACUGCAGCCGCUCCCGCUCGUGGCACCCGCUGUAUCCGAGUUCAGCGCAUCGGAACCGGUUAUCGCUCAGUUGGCGUCGGUUAUCGAUAAUCUCGCAUCGUACCUGAACGAGAACCCGACCGCAGCGGACAAGGCACGCGAUAUCCUCGACACGGCCAAGGUGGACCUGACGUCGCUCGCGACGCGCAUCGAAGCAGUGAAGGAGGAGGAACGACAAAAGCUGGAAGCGAGAUUGGACGAGAAGACGCGGGAGUAUACGGUGAAGUUGCUGGAGCUGGAGAUGGAGGCGCAAGACAAGCUUGACAGCCAGGAGAAUGACUUUCAGAAGUUCUUCGACGAGGAGAAGGCCAAGUUUGUGCAGGCGUAUCGGGAGAAGCUUAACAAGGAGUUGCAGACACAGAGCGAGCUGAUUAACGAGAGGCUGAAGGAGGAGGUCAUCGCACAGGGCAUCGAGCUACAGCGCCGCUGGAUUCGGGACAUCAAGGUCCGCGUCGAGCAGGAGCGCGGCGGCCGCCUCGCCAAGCUGGACGAGCUCGCGACAAACCUGAAGCGGCUCGAGCGAAUUGCGCUCGACAACUCGGCUUAUCUUGACGAGAACAUCCGGAUCCACGCGCUGUGGUCCGCGCUCCGUGCGCUGAACAAUUCCGUCGAGUCGCCUGUGCGUAAGCCAUUCCGCGAGGAACUGCGUGUCUUGCGACACAUCGCGGCCGCACGCGAGGAUCCAGUCGUGUCAUCCGUGCUCGAGUCGCUCGACGCGUCGGAUGUCCCAGACGUCGGCGUGGAGCCAUUUGCAGAUCUUGCGACGUGGUUCAGCUCAUCCGUUGCACCCGCUGUGUCGAGUGUCGCGCUCGUGCCUGACCAGAAUGCGGGCGUGCUUUCGCAUUUGGCGUCGUAUCUGAUCUCCACAUUCACGUUCAGCCGACAUGGAUUAGUGCCUGGCUCGGACGUUCUCAGCGUGCUGGCGCGUGCAGAAUACUACAUGAAUGAGAAGGAUUUGGACAGUGCUACACGGGAGCUUAACCAGCUUAGGGGAUCCGCAAAGGUAGUACUGACGGACUGGCUGGAAGCGGCGCGCAGGAGGCUGGAGGUGCUGCAGGCAUUGGAGGUUGUACAGUCGGAGGCGACGCUGGCUUCCCUGCUUGUUGCUCAUGAUAAAAAUGUGUCCCUUCAAUAGAGGUAAUACACGGGACGUUUUUGGGCAUUCAUACUUGCUGCCAACGUGUGUCUAGUCUGUUAUUGUCGCCACAAACUGUGUGGACGUGGACAAAUCUCGGGCCAAGGUACCACCACACAAUGUGCGGCCACCAAUAGGGUGGACACUCAACAUUUUUGAUCCCACACUUUGACACAGGACCUUGUUUACCUCUGAUUAGGUUCUAUCUAAAAAUUCCCGCUUCUGAUAUGCUUCCGCUAUCUUUGUCCAGCGCCUGGCACAGCGCCAACAUGGAGUACUUAUUGGUAUAUCAAGACUGAGUUUUGCUAUCUCC